GGGUUCGUCAAAGGCCUCAAACUUUCCCAGACAUUCAAGUUUAAUUCUUCCUCACCGAUUACUACCCCAAACGCCCGCCGGAUUCCUUCAGGCGACGCCGCGGUCUACGGCGAACUCCUCCGGCGAGAGUAUCAGAGAAUGGAAACGAAAUUGGACGGCGUAGGAGAAGAAGGAGAAACAAGGAAAGUUGAAUUUGAUGCAUCGGAGAUUGAGUACGUAAGCUACGGCGGUGAGCAUCACUUACCUCCUAUCAUGAAUCUUGUCGACCAAGAACUCAGCGAACCCUACUCCAUAUUCACUUAUCGUUACUUCGUCUACCUCUGGCCCCAACUUUCUUUCCUGGCCUUUCAUAGAGGAAAAUGUGUCGGGACGGUGGUUUGUAAGAUGGGGGAGCAUCGGAGCACUUUCAGAGGGUAUAUUGCAAUGUUGGUCGUCAUCAAGCCCUAUAGAGGAAAAGGCAUUGCUACAGAACUAGUCACGAGAUCUAUAAAAGUCAUGAUGGAGUCAGGUUGUGAUGAGGUCACAUUAGAAGCUGAAGUUACAAAUAAAGGAGCACUUGCACUAUAUGGUCGUCUUGGGUUCAUAAGGGCGAAGCGACUCUUUCAUUAUUACUUGAAUGGAGUCGAUGCAUUUCGUCUAAAAUUGUUAUUCCCACGCAUGGAAUCCCACCCAUCCUUGCCUAUGAUGGCGACCCAAGAUGAUAGUCAGAGGGAUAUUGAUGGGUUGUAACAUGAAGGUUCCAAUAUCCAUCAAAGCCCGAAACUACUUUGUCCACCGUGCGUUGUUGUGCAUUAAACCAGAGUCGUGGAGAAGUCGAUUAUAACCUCGUAAUAUCCUUUUGAUGUUAUCCUUAGUUGUUAGAAGUUGACAAAGCUUGAGAAGGUUGUUUGUGGUGUACAUUUAGGCAUUUGGGUUCACAGUUCAUAGUUUAUUAUGAUGUUGUAAACUUGUAAUGGAAUUAGACACAGUUUUGGAGAUGGGAUUUGAGCGGGAUGAUAUGUAUUCUUACAUGGGAGUUAUAAGUUAUAAGUGAAAUGAAGAUGAAGAAUGCUCUUAUUAUUUUUAAGUUGAA